UUAGUCAAAAGAAUCUUUAGAUUGUCGUUGUGUGUGAGAAGACUGUGGACAUUUUAAGAUGAGAGCUGAAGACUGGGAUGCUGGUGACGUUUACUGUCGUGCUUCAAAACCAUCAAACUUCAGUUCCAGAUGGGCGCACACUGGCAUCAGCAGCAGUCGGAGACACAGGUAGAGAAGAAAGCAUUGUGCUUUAGUAGAAGAACCAGCCACUUGCAUGGCAGCAACUAUGACAUCACAGCACCACACAGCAUCACUAUGUCAUCACCGCAGGAUCAGCGGGGCGCCCGGACAACAUGUGGGCUCCCUGAUUCACGUCAUGUGGAUUGUGAUGAUGGGAUUUACUCCAGAAACCUGGGCCUCCUCAGAAACUCAGCCUCAUUCCAUAAAGAUCGAGGGUGACAUCACUCUGGGAGGCCUUUUUCCGGUGCAUUCCAGGGGCCCCGCUGGUGUUCCUUGUGGGGAAAUUAAGAAGGAGAAGGGGAUCCAUCGUAUGGAGGCCAUGUUGUAUGCGCUGGACCAGAUCAACAGUGACCCAGACCUGCUGCCUAACAUUACCCUGGGUGCCAGGAUACUGGACACGUGCUCCAGGGAUACAUAUGCACUGGAACAGUCCCUCACCUUUGUCCAGGCCCUCAUCCAGAAGGACAACUCAGAUGUUCGAUGUUCCAACGGAGAACCGCCCAUCAUCCCAAAACCAGAGCGUGUGGUAGGGGUCAUCGGGGCUUCGGCCAGCUCUGUGUCCAUAAUGGUGGCCAACGUUCUUCGUCUGUUUGCGAUACCUCAGAUCAGUUAUGCUUCACCAGCACCUGAGCUUAGUGACAACAAUCGCUACGACUUUUUCUCCCGAGUCGUGCCGCCCGAUUCCUUCCAGGCCCAGGCGAUGGUGGACAUCGUCAAAGCCAUGGGGUGGAACUAUGUUUCUACUCUGGCUUCAGAGGGGAAUUAUGGAGAGAGUGGUGUAGAUGCUUUCAUUCAGAUAUCAAGGGAGGCAGGAGGUCUUUGUAUCGCACAGUCCAUUAAAAUUCCUAGGGAGCCAAGACCAGGAGAGUUUGACAAGAUCAUCAAAAGGCUAAUGGAGACAUCCAAUGCCAGAGGGGUUAUUAUCUUCGCUAAUGAAGAUGACAUCAAGCGUGUCCUGGAAGCAGCAAAAAGAGCCAAUCUUACAGGUCAAUUUUUGUUUGUGGGAUCUGAUAGCUGGGGAGCAAAAAACUCACCCAUUCUAAACCUGGAAGACGUGGCUGAGGGUGCGGUUACUAUCCUCCCCAAGCGGGCAUCCAUUGAGGGGUUUGACCAGUACUUCACAACAAGAUCACUGGAAAACAACAGGAGGAACAUCUGGUUCGCUGAGUUCUGGGAGGAUGACUUCAAAUGCAAACUGACACGGCCUGGAAUCCGAGGCGACAGCGGGCUGAGGAAAUGCACAGGAGAGGAACGAAUCAUCCAGGAUUCGGUAUACGAGCAGGAAGGGAAGGUGCAGUUUGUGAUCGACGCCGUGUAUGCCAUGGCCCACGCACUCCAUAGCAUGCACAUGGACCUCUGUCCGAGUUCGAUGGGCGUUUGUGACAAAAUGGACCCGGUGGAUGGAAGAAUGCUGCUGAGUUACAUCCGUGCUGUCAGUUUUAAUGGCAGUGCUGGGACAGGUGUGAUGUUUAAUGAAAACGGUGACGCCCCAGGACGAUACGAUAUCUUCCAGUACCAGCUUUCCAAUACCACCAUCCCGGGAUAUAAAAUCAUCGGCCAGUGGACCAACCACUUACGACUCAGUGCGGAGGACAUGCAGUGGUCUGGAGGGGAUAAACUGGUUCCAGACUCGGUUUGUAGUUUUCCCUGUGAGUCUGGGGAGAGGAAGAGGAUGGUGAAGGGUGUGCCGUGCUGCUGGCACUGUGAACUAUGUGACGGCUAUCAGUACCUCCUGGAUGAGUUUAACUGCGAUACGUGCCCCUUUGACAUGAGGCCCACCUCUAACCGCACUGGCUGCCGUCCUACUCCCAUCAUCAAGCUGGAGUGGAGCUCUCCAUGGGCCAUUAUCCCAGUAUUUCUGGCAGUGCUGGGCAUUCUUGCUACAUCAGGAGCCAUCAUCACCUUCAUCCGCUUCAAUGACACCCCCAUAGUCCGCGCUUCGGGCCGAGAGCUCAGCUAUGUUCUCUUGACGGGCAUCUUCCUCAUCUAUCUCAUCACCUUCCUCAUGAUCGCUGAGCCGAGCACCGGGGUGUGUGCGUUUCGCAGGUUGUUUUUGGGGCUGGGCAUGUCCAUCAGCUACUCUGCCAUGCUUACCAAAACAAAUCGGAUCUACAGGAUCUUUGAGCAGGGAAAGAAAUCAGUCACACCACCAAAAUUUAUCAGCCCCACGUCCCAGCUGAUCAUCACAUUUAUUUUGAUCUCAGUACAGCUCCUGGGUAUUUUCAUUUGGUUUGGAGUGGUUCCACCUCACACAACUGUCGACUUUGAUGAGCUACAUCCUCCCAACCCCGAGUAUGCGCGUGGGAUCCUGAAAUGUGAUAUGUCGGAUCUGUCUCUGAUUGGCUGUCUGAGCUACAGUAUGGUGCUGAUGGUCACGUGUACAGUCUAUGCCAUUAAGAGCAGAGGGGUUCCUGAGACCUUCAAUGAAGCCAAACCCAUCGGCUUCACCAUGUACACUACCUGUAUCAUCUGGUUGGCCUUUGUGCCCAUAUUUUUCGGCACGUCACAAUCCACAGAAAAGAUGUUCAUUCAAACCACCACGCUGACCGUGUCCAUGAGCUUGAGUGCCAUGGUGUCCCUGGGCAUGUUGUACAUCCCCAAAGUCUACGUCAUCAUCUUCCACCCAGAGCAGAACGUUCAGAAACGCAAGCGCAGCUUCAAAGCCGUGGUCCAGGCAGCCACCGUUUCCACUCAUCUCUCACAGAAAUCCAGCGACAAGCAGAACGGAGAGACCAAAGUUGAACCAGAUAGAUCCCAAUAAAGA